CACUCUCUCCUCUCAAAAUCCUCUCCUUUUUUUUCGCAGAAAACAUGCAGGGAGGAGAGGAGGAGGAGAAAAGAAGAAACGCGUCGGAGGCGACAAGAGAGAGAGGAAGCAGAGAAAGUUGGUAGAGGAGCAAGAGGGCGAGAGGAGAGGAGAGAAGUGAGGGGUCGACCAGAUGGGAGGAAGGAAGGAAAGGAUCUCUCGGCGGGCUCAAGUGCUCGAUUAAAGGAUUCUGCAUAAAUAAACACUAUCAGAUGAAUCAAAGCCUAUAAUAAAAAAAGAGGAAUUAUAGGCGCGCCACCGUGUUGCGUGGACGCGGACAAGACAGCGGUGGUGCGCGCUGGAACAGCCAAGUCCCGUCUUUCUCUCUCUCUCUCUCUCUGGAUUUCACUCCUCAUGUUAUUUCUUCAAAGUCGCGGGGAGCUUCACUAACUUUUGGUGGAAGUUUGAAGAAAAACUUCCUGUCCCCUCGUCUUUUCAUUGAACUUUCUCCCCGGAAAAGAAGAGGAGCUCCGGGGUGGAAGUGGAGGAAGGAAGAGCUGUUUUGUGCCUUCCGAGGAGUGCAGCUCGCCGUAGCCGGGGUUUAGGCGUUGGCACCCGGACAGGGAGUCCCUCGUCAUGGCCGGGGCCAAGCCGGGAGUCCACGCGCUGCAGCUCAAACCCGUGUCCGUCCACGAAGCGCUGAAGAAAGGGGGCAAAUUCAUCAAAUGGGACGAGGAGCCCAACAGCGGGCCCCCCACCUUGGUAACACUGAGAGUUGACCCAGAUGGAUUCUUUCUGUACUGGACUGGAGGAUCCAACCUGGAGGUGGAGAUUCUGGACAUUAGCACCAUCAGGGACACCCGAACAGGAAAGUACGCCAAGCUACCAAAGGACCACAAGGUGCGGGAUGUGCUCGGAUGCGGUAAGGCUGACAGUGUAGAAGGGAAGCUGGUAACCGUCGUCUAUGGAAACGACCUGGUCAACACCUCCUAUCUCAACUUCCAGGCUAUGCAGGAAGACACAGCUAAGAUUUGGACAGAUGAGCUGUUCACUUUGGCCACAAACAUACUCUCCCAGAAUUCAUCGCGGAACACCUUCCUCCUCAAAGCGUACACUAAGUUAAAGUUGCAGGUGAAUCAGGACGGGAAGAUUCCAGUGAAGAAUAUUCUCAAGAUGUUUUCAGAUAAAAAGAGAGUGGAGACGGCUCUGGAGCAGUGUGGCCUCGUAAAUAACAAGUCAGAGGGAAUAAAGCCAGAUGAUUUAACAUGGGAGGCCUUCCAGAAGUUUCUUGACGCUCUCUGUCUCCGGUCUGAGAUACAAAGCAUCUUUGAAGAAAGUGGGUCCAAGAGGAAGCCGUUCAUCUCUUUGGACCAGCUGACGGACUUCAUCAACCGCAGGCAGCGAGACUCUAGAUUAAACGAGGUGUUGUACCCCCCGCUGAAAAGAGAACAGGUCCGACAGAUCAUGGAGAGAUAUGAGACCAACACCAGCCAGCUGGAGAGAGACCAGAUCAGCGUGCAGGCUUUCAGUCGGUAUUUGGGAGGAGAAGAAAACACCAUUACACCUCCGGAGAGGCUGGACGUAAUCGACGACAUGACUCAACCGCUGUCUCACUAUUUUAUCAACUCCUCACACAACACAUACCUCACGGUGGGUCAGCUGACUGGUCUAUCUUCAGUAGAGAUGUACAGACAGGUGCUGUUGACCGGCUGUCGCUGCGUCGAGCUGGACUGCUGGAAGGGCCGACCGCCAGAUGAGGAGCCCUACAUCACCCACGGGUUCACCAUGACCACUGAGAUACCUUUCAAGGAGGUGAUUGAAGCGAUAGCAGAGAGCGCUUUCAAGACCUCGCCGUACCCCGUCAUCCUGUCCUUUGAAAACCACGUAGAUUCGGCCAAGCAGCAAGCCAAGAUGGCGGAGUACUGCAGGACCAUAUUUGGAGACGCCCUUCUCAUUGAUCCACUGGAGAAAUAUCCGCUGGUCCCUGGGCAAGCACUCCCCUCGCCGCAGGAGAUGAUGGGGAAGAUUCUCAUCAAAAACAAGAAGAAGCACCACCACCGGCCCUCCAGCGGUGGCAGCAUUCGACGCAGAGAGCUGGAGGAGCAGUCGUCGCCUAACAACGACUGCCCUCUGACAGACAUCGAGGGGGGCCAGCUGUUGUCUAAUGGGGAGGAGAAGCUGGCUGAGAGAUUGGUCAAAGACUCAGAGCCUCGCAAGUCCAUCGGAGGUGAGGGAGAGAGCGAGGAGGACGAAGAUGAUGAGCCAGCGACCGAACUGAAAAAACCAAACUCUGAUGAGGGGACAGCCAGCAGUGAGGUGAACGCCACAGAGGAGAUGUCGACCCUCGUCAACUACAUCGAGCCUGUCAAGUUUAAGACCUUUGAGGUGGCAAACAAGAGGAGGAAAUUCUUUGAGAUGUCGUCAUUCGUGGAAACCAAAGGCAUGGACACGCUAAAGAGUUCCCCUAUCGAGUUUGUCGAGUACAAUAAGAAUCAGCUGAGCCGAAUCUACCCUAAAGGAACGAGGGUGGACAGCUCCAACUACAUGCCUCAGCUCUUCUGGAACGUUGGGUGCCAGAUGGUGGCGCUAAACUUCCAGACCCUCGACCUCCCGAUGCAGCUGAACAUGGGGGUGUUUGAGUACAACGGCGGCAGUGGCUACCUGCUGAAACCAGAGUUCAUGAGAAGGACAGACAAACACUUCGACCCUUUCACGGAGAACAUCGUUGAUGGAAUAGUUGCCAAUACUGUCAAGAUUAGGGUGAUGUCAGGCCAGUUCCUGACAGAUAAGAAGGUUGGCGUGUACGUGGAAGUGGACAUAUUUGGACUUCCUGCAGAUACAAAACGGAAGUAUAGAACCAAAACGUCCAAUGGGAAUUCACUGGACCCUGUGUGGGAUGAUGAAAUGUUUGUCUUCAAUAAGAUUGUCCUUCCUACACUGGCCUCUCUGAGGAUAGCAGUGUUUGAGGAAAAUGGGAAGUUUAUUGGACACCGUAUCCUCCCUGUGUCGGCCAUUCGACCUGGGUACCACUACAUCAACCUAAAGAAUGAGUUAAACCAGCCGCUCCUGCUGUCCUCUCUGCUGGUUUGCACUGAGGCUCAGGACUACAUCCCUAAUGAACACCAGGAGUAUGCAGAGGCCCUGACCAACCCCAUUAAACACGUCAGUCAGUUGGACAAGAGAGAGACACAGCUGGCUGUUCUCCUUGAGGACAACAGUGAGCAUGUCCCCAACCAGCCCAAAGAGGGAGAACCCAACAAAGAGAGCGAGGUCAGUCAACUCCCACCCCUCUUCCAAAAUAUGCCCCCCUGCCAAUUGGAGGAUGUCCCUGAUGUCAUCAACUUACCUACGCCAGCACAAAGUCAAAAGGAGGACCUCAUAGCCACAGUCCUGGCAGACAUACAGGUCCAGACUGCAGAGGAGCUGAGGCAGCAGAAAAACUAUAUGAAGACUGCAAAGAAACAUAGCAAAGAACUCAAAGAGCUGCGUAAGAAACACCUUAAGAAGGUGUGGCACCUGAGUAAGGAGCAGAAGAGUCGGAACAGUCAGCUUCAAUCUGACACCCAGAGGAGGCGCAGUCAGAUGGAGAAACAUCUCAAACGGAGCAUCAAGAAAAAUGAGCCUCAGGAGCCAGUGCAGAGGGAGUUGACAGCGUUGGAUCAGGAGCUUGAGAAGCAGGUGGUCCAGCUGAGGGAAUGGCAGAUGAAAGAGCUGCUCAAACUCCGACAGCAACAACACACAGUGGAGAGAGAGAAGCAACAGACACAUCUGCAAGAGGACUUCCAGAAGUUAAAGGAGACGGCCCAUGAAUGCCAAGCAGCUCAGCUCAAGAAGCUCAGGGAGACGUGCGAGAAGGAGAAGAAAGAGCUCCAGAAAAUCCUGGACAGGAAGCGGCAGAACAGCAUCAGCGAAGCCAAGAGCCGUGACAAAGACAAGGCUGAAACGGAACUGAAUGACAUCAACAGAAAACAUAUUCAGGAUUCGGUCACACUAAUCAGAAGACUGGAGGAGGCUCAGACCAGGAGACAGGACAAGGUGAUGCUGAGACAGCGGGAAGUGUUGCAGCACAUAGAUGAGGAAUUUCCACUGCUCCAGUCUCAGUUGGAGAGGGAACAGGAGGAGGAGUAUAAGCGAUUACCAGAGGAAAUCUGCCAGCACCUGCAUUCGGAGCUCCAAAGCAAAGGUCUCCGAAAGGACGCCCUGUUUUCCUCUAUGUCCAAUCAUAGCAGCCCCAGCUCUGGCUCGGGUCCACCCUCCAACUGCUCCACGCCCUCCUUCCCGUCAACGCCCAAUCGAAGCACCUGGAAUAGGAGCCUGGACAAUAGCAAUGCCUCACUGGCCGAUUCCACGUCCUCAUCCGCCACCCCUGUCCUGUCAGAGGGAGAGAUGUCGUUCAGUUAGAAUUAUAACUUGUAAAAAGGAAAAUACAUACAUUCAACUGGGGUCUAUAAUGAUUAUAAUGUGGGAUAGUAAUGAUAUUAAUUAUUUACUAAUUUUAUUCAUUUUUUUAUUACAGACAGUUAUUGUCUACAGAGCUAUAUUAUUUUUUAUUUUGCUGCUGAUGUGUUUUUGUCAGAGGACACAUCAUGCAUUUUGUUGAAUCACAACCAAACUUGUUUUCUUAUUUUAGUUUUUUACAUUUUCUUGUCUCUUUGUCCUGCUUUUAAAGUCAUGUCAUACUGUUUUUUCUUUUCAUUGUUUCCAUUUUUGUCCGGUCAGUAAGUUUUUGCUUCAUGCUUUUAAAACUUUUUGUUCACAACAGCUUUAAGCCCCUUUUUAAGGACUUUUUUUGAAAGCCUCCAGGCUACUUUAAAAGUAAUUCUCACCAAAUUUUGACCUAUGACAUUUCUUCAUACUGACUUUAUGACCUGUGGAGAUGUCUGUGUGCUGCAAAUAAGCCACACACAUUAAUAAUGAGAUACCCAGAGAAAAGAAGGAUAGGUUAUAGAAAUUAGCAUUAUUAAGAAAAGAAGGGUUGAGUCUUUCUUUAUAGAAAAUAUUUAAAAAUCUUAAGUUUUAGUUGUAAUUACAGUAGCUGACAAGCAGGUGGUGUUGUAGACUUGGUUGUUUUUUUAAAUAUAUGCUUUGAGCUGUCCAGUCAUCUUGCCUGAUUAUCCUAUUAUACAGUACCCCAACACACACACACACAAACACACACACACCUGUCUCGCCAGGAUUUGCAGCCCCAUUGUUCAGGAUAAACCUGUGGCCUUUAACCUCCAAUCAAAUCCUGCCAAGGUUGGUUGUGGGGCGGUGAGCAGACAUCCAUCUGGCUAGAAGGAAGUGAUGUAACACUCUCACUUUUUUAAAUGCAUGUGUGAGCAGACAUCACUCUUACACACACACACACACACACACACACACACCAGACACUGCAUUUUCUAAUGAUGUGCUGUAUCGACACACUGCUACAUCUAUCGGUUCAGGAGCCAAAAGUCUUCAAAAUCCUCAUGCCAUUCAAUCUACUCUGUUUAAAAAAACAGAACACAUACACACACACACACACACACACACACACACAACACACUUUAGAGAGGAACCACAGUCAUUUUACAAAUAUCAGAGAUUACCCAACUCUGCGAGGGUAUUUGUGAGUAUGUGGCCAGAACUUAAUCUCUUGAUGAGACAUCUGCUUUCGAGGACAGUAAUACUUCUUACUAAAUGGAAAGAGUCUGAUCAGUUUGUGUGUGUUUGUGCGUCUGUGUCCGUGUGUGUCGGUGCUGGUAGUUUGCCACUUUGGCAGCCUGGAGAAGGACAUCAUAUGUUUAAAACAGCAAAGCAACUGAUUAUGACUUAAAGCUGCACUAUGAAUUAGAUUUUCUCAAUUUUGCCAAAUGAUUCUUGUUUUAGUUUUAGAUAUUGCGCUGCAAAAAGAUCAUGACAGAUUUCUUAAAGUGACCACAGAGCUG